AUGGAGGUGCUAAAGCUCGCGUGGUACGCUUUCGGGAUGUGCAUACUCGUUCUCUUCACGAGUGGCUGGUCUGUUUUCGUGCACAACGGAUGGAAGGUCGCGGAAACACUUUCUGACAGCAGUCCGUACGACGCUAGCCAGAAGAUAUCUCAACCCGUCUCAGUGUUCCUUUCGUCGUAUAUCCUACUGCUAAUCUUUGUUCUACUUACAUUCGGGUACAAGCUCAUCAAGCAGACGGAGAUGAUGCCAUUGGAUAAGAUGACCUUCUUCCGCGGGCAUGUUCCUCCACAGCCGCAAGAGUACGAGCCUACUGGGUUCCUAGAGCGAUUCCUAGCUUGGUUGAUGGUAAUCUAA